AAGUGCACUAGGUUUGAAAUUGGAAAGUUGGCGGGGCUGUGGGAGCUGCGUCUGGAGCUCGGCUGUUGGCUAGAGUGGGCACUUAUCUGGUGUGGGGAAGGCGGCGGGACUCAGGCCUGCCUGCGAAGCAUUGUCCUACAUAAUGGUAGAGGAUGAACUGGCACUGUUCGAUAAAAACAUAAAUGAAUUUUGGAAUAAAUUCAAAAGUACGGACACCUCCUGUCAGAUGGCGGGACUAAGAGAUACCUACAAGGACUCCAUCAAAGCAUUUGCAGAAAAGCUGUCUGUGAAAUUAAAGGAAGAAGAACGAAUGGUUGAGAUGUUUCUGGAAUAUCAAAAUCAGAUCAGCAGGCAAAAUAAGCUCAUUCAAGAAAAAAAGGAUAACUUGUUAAAAUUGAUUGCUGAAGUAAAAGGCAAAAAGCAGGAAUUGGAAGUACUGACUGCAAAUAUCCAGGAUCUUAAGGAAGAAUAUUCUAAGAAGAAGGAAACUAUUUCUGCUGCUAAUAAAGCAAAUGCAGAGAGGUUGAAAAGGCUGCAGAAAUCUGCAGACUUGUAUAAAGAUCGACUUGGACUAGAAAUUCGAAAAAUUUAUGGUGAGAAAUUGCAGUUUAUAUUCACUAAUAUUGACCCUAAGAAUCCUGAGAGCCCAUUUAUGUUUUCUCUGCAUCUAAAUGAAGCAAGGGACUAUGAAGUGUCAGAUAGUGCCCCUCAUCUUGAGGGCCUAGCAGAAUUUCAAGAGAAUGUAAGGAAGACCAACAAUUUUUCAGCUUUUCUUGCCAAUGUUCGGAAAGCUUUUACUGCCACGGUUUAUAAUUAAGCAACUAGGCAAGCUGGAAGCAGCAACUGAGAACAAGGUCUAGCAAAUGGAAAAACUUCAAGGGAG